AUGAAUUCCUCUGAACCUGAACAAAUUUUUGCUGGUGGUAAGGAUGUUAAAGAGGAACCUGCUUCUGAUGUUGUUGAUGCUGAACCAUGUCGUCAAAUGGAGGUGAAGAUGGAAGUCGCUGAGGAACUUAAUGAAAAUUUGGCAACUCCUCAGCUGCAACAAAAGAAGCGUAAAAGGCUCCCCCAAAGAAAGAGAAUGCAGUUGAAGAAAAUAAAAGCAAUGGAGGCUAAUAAACUUAGGGAGGAUAAGAAUUGUGAUGCAACAGCUACUAGUAAAGUGGAUGUUUCUGCGCAGACUAUGAAUUCAUCUGAACCUGAGAAAGUUAGUGCUGGUGGUAAAACUGUUAAAAUGGAACCUGCUUCUGAUGUUGCUGAUGCUGAACCGAGCCGUCAAAUGGAUGUGAAGAUUGAAGUUGCCGAGGAACUUAAUGAAAAUUUGACUAACCCGAAGAGGUUGAGUAAGAGUGUACGAAUUGCCAGGAAGAAGCAAAAGGCGGCCUUGGCUUUGCUCGCUCUUAUUCAAGCAAAUGAAGGAAAUAAAAUUGGAGAAGAGUCAGUUUGUGCAUCAACAACUAUGGGUAAAGUAGAUGCUUCUACACAAACUGGAGAGGGUAAGGUCGGUGCAGCUACAACUACAACAACUAAAGUGAAUGCUUCUACACAGGUUGAUUGUGUCUAUUAG